AUGGGGCCGCCCCGCUACACGGGCGCGCACAUGCCGCGCACACGGCGCCGGGCAGCCGCGGUGUCACCUGCUCGCCGGCAGCGCCGGACCCACGCCCUGCGCGGCGCGGAGGGCCCUCCCGGGGCGGGCCGGGCCGGGCGGAGCGCGGGCGCGGUAGCAGCGCGCGUCCAGCGCCGGGCCACGGGCAGGUGGCGGCGGGACCCUCCCUCGGGGCGCCCGGCCCCGGCGGGGACGCGGGUCUGUCCCGCGGACGGCGGCGGCGCGACCGGCCCCGGCGGGGACGCGGAGCGGGGCGCGGGGGGUUGCACCUCUGAAAGGCGGCCCCGAACCGUCGCGGCGGGGCUGCGGGCGGGAGAGCUCGAGCAGAGCAGCGGCCUGAGGGAUGCGGAUGCUCCCUCGGCCGCGACCCCGCGCCCGCUCCUGCGGCAGCGCUGCCCGCUCGGGUUGGCCGCUAACGCGUUGGAACGCGCAGGGACUCGGUGCGGAGCGCAGCGCGAGUGUUCACACCCCCCGUGUGUGUGCGGGACAGCCCUGUCCGAACCCACCCCUCCCGGUCCCCGCUCCUCGCCCGUCGGUCCCGCCCCGGUGCACACGCACGCGGGUAGCCGGCUCUGCGGGGAGCGCAGCGGGACCCCGGCGGUGUGCGGGACAGAACGGAGCGUGACCCGGGGGGGCCGCGGGCGUCUUGGCACGAGGGCAGGGUGGCGCCGGGCGUUUUCCGCCUGGACUCUGCACCUCGCUGCCCUGCGGAGCCCCGACUUUCCCCGCUCGCCAGCCGAACGCCGAAGCAUCGGUGCACGGAAAAACGCUCACGGCAGGAGCACUGAGGGAGCGCCGGGGCACGGGGCCGCUGGCACGGCAGACAGCUGCCGAGGUUCGGCACCGCCACAGAGGCCGGCGGGCGCCCCUCUGGCGGACUCGCUGCCGGUUGCCCGCGGAGCUCCCCAUGCUCCCCAGAACCGGGCGCUCCCCAGACCGGCUCUGCAGCCCGCAGCUCCGACGGAGCCUCCGGCGGCGGCACCCACCGCCCGGUGCCUCCCUGUCGCCAGGCCCCUGCCCCUGGCCGCCGUCGUGCGGGGCAGUCCCACUACCUGGCCCCGCUCGCUCGGUAGCCCCGGCGGAGCGGUUCCGGCCCAGGAGGAGCCGCCGCCGGCCACGCAUGGAGGCAACUGAUCCAACCGACUCUCCCCGCCUCGGAAGGAUGGAUGUGAACGAGCUGCGAAGUGUAGUUACCAAUAACAAUAACAAUAAAUUAUCGGGCUGUUGCUCA